ACUUCCGGCCAGGGGGGAGGGAAUAAGCUCAGACCUAAGGAGAGGCUUGGAGAGAGCAGACGCAUUCGGGACUCAGGAGGAUGAGGCUCAGCUGUUACUUGGCCUCCCAGAAAGAUGGAUAAGAGAAAUGACUACAGUUAUAGGAUGCCUUCAUUCCAGGGCCCUCUGCCUCCCCCUGGGAGCCUGGGCCUUCCCUUUCCCCCAGAUGUGCAGACUGAGACCACGGAAGAGGACAGUGUCUUGCUGAUGCACACCCUGUUGGCGGGAACCAGGGACCCUCUGGCCAUGGACUCAUCAGUUGCCAACCGGCCUAAGAAAAGCAAGACCAAGAAAGCCCCUAUAAAGACUAUUACUAAGGCUGCACCUGCUGCCCCUCCAGUCCCAACUGCCAAUGAAAUUGCCACCAACAUGCCCAGAAUAACUCUGCAGGUUUUAAACUUGCCAAUCAUCACCCAGAUUAGCAAGGUUUCAGCUAUCACUGAGGCAGCCAGUAUUCAGACUUCUUCAAUCAUUGCUUAACCUAAGAAAGCCAAGAGUAUGAAGAGAGUUACUGCCAAGGCAGCCCAAGGCUCUCAGUCCCCAACUGGCAGUCAGAGUGCCACUACACAGCUCAAGUCACCCUUGCAGGUCCUAAACCUACCAGUCAUCUCACGGACUAUCCAGGCUCCAAUUGCCAGUGAGUCAGCCAAUUCCAAGGUUUUGAUAGCCUCCACCAAGCCUAAGAAAGCUUCUAAGGCUAAGAAGGUUGCAAACAAAGGCAUAGCUAGUGCCACUGUGAUCUCACUGGCUCCAGUUGCCACCUAUACAGCUACUACUCAAGGCCAAAUUAUCAGUGAGAUAGUCAAUAUCCAGGCCACAGAAGCCUCCAUCAGAACCAAGAAAGCCUGUAAAGCCAAGAAGACAACGGCUAAGGCCACAAAUACUGACAUUGAGCAUAUAGAGGCCAAUGUCACCAGACAGAAUGAAGCCUCAGCAGCAGCUAUCCAGCCAAAAAAAUCCAAGGGCAAGAAGGCUGCCAAUAAGGGCCCAAAUUUUGCCUCUGAAAUCUUUAAGACCCCACCUGCCACUCAAAUGGUCACAAACCAAGCACUGGCAGCCAACCUUUGGGUCAAGACAGGGUCUAGGGCUUGGAAGACUGCCACUAAGGCUCAGUCAACUGAAAGCCUGACUCAAAUUACUGACCAAGGGCCAAAGGCCAAGAUGGCCACAGCUUAUGCCAACGUAAGUGCCCUUGUGACUCAGGUUGCUGCUGCUGUCCAGGCCCUGGCAGAUGACUAUCUGGCUCACUUGAGUCUGAAGCCCACAACCAGGACUCAGGGCAAGAGGAACCGAAAGUCCAGGCAUCUGAAUGGGGAUGAGAGAAGUGGCAGUAAUUACAGGCGAAUCUCAUGGGGCCGGAGGCCUCCACCACCCCGUGAUGUGGCCAUUUUGCAAGAAAGGGCAAAUAAGUUGGUGAAAUACCUGUUGGUUAAGGCAAAGAUCCCCAUCAAGCGCUCAGAUGUGCUGAAGGAUGUCAUCCAAGAAUGUGAGGAAUAUUACCCAGAGAUCAUUGAAUGAGCAAGCUAUGCUCUGGAGAAGAUGUUUCGAGUCAAUCUGAAGGAAAUUGAUAAGCAAAGUAGCUUGUAUAUUCUCAUCAGCAAUCAGGAAUCCUCCACAGGCAUACUGGGAACGUAAACUGGAAAAGGGCUGGGGUGGGAGGGGGGCUUCUGCUUUCGUUCAUGGUUCUAGCCCUUCCCUGUCCUCUCUCCCUGUAUCCUCUUAGAGGGUCAGGAAAGACAGGGCCCUGACCCUGUCCCAGCCCCCAGCCAUAGUUGGAGCCCUGCGCUCGCUCAGUAGUGGUGCCUGUUAUGAUUGAUUGAAGGCUGUAAGAGACUGGGGUGGGGCAUUCCUGCUGUCAGGUUUCCUGUCUCUCCAGAAGCUUCCCAGGAAAGCAGGCCUAUUGUUGCUUGUCUCUGCCUACUGAGUCCCUGGCCAGGCCUUGGUUGAGUGGUUCUCAAGGAGAGCUCCGUGGUGUUGGUGGGCCAGGAUACAUUAAGGGCAGGAAUAUCAGUAGGGCCCAGC